GAGUUGUUCGUAUCUAACAGCUUUGGCUCAGUUUCCCAUGGUGAAAACUUAUUCCACUACGCUGUGCAUGAAAUAAAAACUAAACAAAAUGAGGACUCUAGUUAUAUUAUUGAGUGUGUCAGUUUUAGGUAUUUUUGGACAAUUCACCGACAAAACGCGUACUCCUGGCGCAAAAGGUUCAGAUGUUGUUGAGGCAGUAGUUAAUUUAAUAAAAAAUUCUUGCAUUUUCCCAAAUGAUCGAAUGUAUUUGAGAAGACUCGCCUAUGUGGAGACACAAGACGGACUCAAUCCAAAUACUUAUAGAAUAGGAUACAAUGGAGGAAUCUGGCAGGUUGACGAGGCUCAGUUCAGACUCACACAAAUAUCAAGUACACUCAACAAUGAAAAGCAAAUGCUGAAAAAACUAGGCAUCGACUGGUCCAAUGUUUCAUGGGCGGAUCUAAGAAAACCACUGUUCUCAGGAUUGGCAGCUGCCAUGUAUGCAACGAUUCAGGCUGGAACCGGAGGAAUUCCUGUUGGUAUAGAGUACCAGUCCGUCUUCUGGAAGAAUACAACCAGACCCACAAAAGAAGUCAAUGUGUUCUACAAAGGAGCCCAAGAUUUGAAGACGGGUUGCUCACAGAAGGAUAAUCUGGACUUAGCUUUUAUUGUCGAUGCCUCCUCAUCUUUAUCAUCACUUGACUUUACAAACACUACAAUGUUUGUAAGAAAUGUUAUCAAUAAGUUCAACAUUGGUUUCAACGAAACUAGGGUUUCCCUCAUUAAAUACAGCACUUCGGUUACAGAAGAGUUCAAACUGAAUACGUACGAUUCGAACGCCGCCGUAGAUAAGGCAGUGUCGGGAGUUCGUUUCAAUGGCGGCGGUACCAAGACAGACGCAGCAAUCCAGUAUGCAGUGGACAACAUUUUCCCGGUGGCAGAUGGUGGACGUUUGGGGUCAGUAAAGGUUAUUGUAUUGAUCACAGAUGGACGAUCAGAGAACAAAAUUAAAACAUUGACGGCUGCAGAAAAUGCCAAAAAGAACGGCAUUACUAUUUUCACUAUUGGAGUUACACCACAAGUGGAUUCGACAGAACUUAAUGGUAUUGCAAGUCAGCCGACCUGUACCCACGUAGAACUCCUCAACAAUUUCAAUGAUUUAGACUCUCUGACAGCAGAAAUUGAACAAGUUUCAUGUACAGCCCCCGUUGUGCUGACGCCCAGUCCAAUUGCAUACACCUUCCCGUGUGGUUCUCCCCUCAAUGUCGAAGUUCUCCCCAACCUCCAGGACGGGUCUUCAGUCAAAGUAAGUGUUAGAGAAGGAUCAGUGACGAUUUACGGAUCAACCAGUGCCAAAGCCAGUUCAGUUCUAAAUGAAUUUCAGCGCAUAACUACCUUUACCAGACCAAUGACAUUCUACAUCAAGGGAAAUAACACUAUUUCCUUGGCUUUUGUAAGCAACCUUCCAGCAUCAUGUAAAAGUAACUUCAAUGUUGAAGUCACACAAGGGGUCAACAUUAGGCCAGACAGUCAAGCUCUUUGUGUUGAAAAUGACAUUGUCAAGAAUUGUUCCACCACAACCCUCUUCAAGAGUCCGUUUUUAAUCCAAGGACCUGGUGCUAAUUUCUUCAGCCCAUGUUCGCCACUCGUUGGACAUAUACAAAUAUUCCCAUAUCCGACAAGAAACGAUCGUUUUAUUUUCUGUGACGACAAAGGCCACACAUUCAUUGUAUUAUGUCCUCUUGGUGACGUGUACAUUGCAUCUUACCAGACCUGUGUCCCAGGACAGCUUUAUAUUGCCACAACAACCACCACCCCUGUUGUUACUCAAGCGGUUGUUACCACAGAAAAACCCACCACACCAAUCCCUGUCACAAUCAGUCCGAGUCCCAGCCCAGGCACUGUCCAGAAUCCAUGCACCCCCGAAAACAUCAUCAACCAACAUAUGUUCUUCCCAUAUCCAGGCAACGACCAAGCUUAUAUCGAAUGCUACAACUUACCAUACGUCGCGUCCGUCAAACUUUGCCCUGAACAUCACUACUGGUCGCAAAAAUAUCUUACCUGCCUCUAUCGAGAUGUAGUCAUUCUUAAUCCAACUCCAACCACAGAGUCUUAUCACACUAAUGCUGCCAACCCUUGUAAUACUGUUCCUGGGCUAUAUUUUUAUGCCAUUGCCAACGAACCAACCAAGUACAUCCACUGCGAUGAUUUUGGUGAUGCUUUUGAGAAGACGUGCCCAGAACAUAAGGUGUGGAACCAGCCUGUUCUACAGUGUGUUCCUAAAGGACUUAUUAUAUAUGACACCGCUAAACCACCUGUUGUUGGGUAGAUCAUGCGUCCAAUUGUACAUUACAAAGAAUAAAGUCAGUCGCAAGUAAUUUGUCAUUUGCACAAUAUCAUCUUUUUGAUUUUUAUAUUCCUGUAUGAUUUUUA